UAUUGAAUUUAAUGCAAACAAACGUAAAAACAAUCGCAAAGCAAUUCAACUGUCCUGUUGUAUUCGUUAUUUCUUUUCUUUCUUCUUUGCUAGUGAAAACUUAAAAAAUACAUAAAUAGUCCUAGUAAUAUUAAAUAAAAAAGAAAAGAUUAUAUUAAAUAAAAGAUACAAUUUAGUCAUAUAACCGAAAAGUUGGAAGAGAGCAAGGUUAAAGUUAAAGAUAAUUGUAAUCUAUUUACAUAUUUGAAAUUAGUGAAUGAAAAGAUGCGUAUAAAAUUAAAUAGUAUAUAGAUGUUUUAGGUAGGACGUCACUAGAUGGCAGGAAAAUGUUAAAAGAGAAUGGAUGAAUGUGAGUAUAACGUGCAAAGGGUCUUGGCGGGUAGAUGGGUAGACGGGUAGACGGGUAGACGGGCAGGCGGGCAGACGGGUAUGCGAACGAACAGAGAAAGAUACGUAAGCGGGACGGUAGGUUGCCGACUUGUUAGGCCGGAAGGCGGGCGCACCUGUCUGUCAUCAGCGCCGACUGUCAAUCUUACUGACGCUGGCGCACACGCUGCGAGAACCCGCCGCAUUCGUAGUGUUUAUCUGUCAGAGAGAACGAGAAAUUAGUCCUAACGGGAAGUAAUUCGAUCAGAAAAGGACGCUGUGAUCGAAAGAAACAUAGGGAAACUACAGAGAGAUAGACCGGUGAGUUGUCGAACGACAGAUCAGUUGGUCGAAGAAGAAAACGUGAGAGAGAAAGAAACCGUGAGACACAUCGUGUGUUAACUGUUCAACGCUGAUCGAGUAUCGAAUUAAGCCAACCACGAGGACAUUGCUAGACCGCGUGUACAUUGCGUCCAUCUCAAUUUUUUCAUUAUGGAUCAUCGUGUUGCGAGAGAACGUUUUCCUUCAUCAAGUAGUACCGACGACGAUCAAAGUGGUUCUGAUACGGAACAUGACUCGAAUGCGUUACGCACUAAAGUUCAUUCUGGAAUAGUUCAUCACUCUGGUAACCAUUCCGUGAGAAAACGUCGUGGAAACCUACCGAAAACUUCAGUGAAAAUUUUAAAACGAUGGCUUUACGAGCACAGAUACAAUGCAUAUCCAAGCGACAACGAGAAGCAGGAGCUGAGUCAAGAAGCGCAUUUGACUGUACUUCAGGUUUGCAAUUGGUUCAUAAACGCCAGACGGCGAAUUCUACCAGAAAUGAUUCGAAGAGAAGGCCACGAUCCUCUACAGUACACGAUAUCUCGCCGCGGUAAAAAGAUGCCCGCAGGAAGUCACCAACAAUCAUCCGGUCUUGGUUCAAGAUCCAAUCAAAAUUGGGAUUCGUUAGCAGGCAUGAGUGCUCCGAAACGUAGUAGAGAUCACGAUUACGAAGAUUCUGCUGGAUUAAUGUAUCGAAGCGAAGAGGAUAGUCCAAACGACUAUGAGAGCAGUUCUCACAGCGAGGAGGAACGUCCAUCGACACAGUGGCCGAGUGUAAUAGUGUAUCCUUACUCGGAAACUAAAAUUGAACAAAAUGUCAGCCAACUUGGUGCUUACGAUGAAACGAUUACCCACCCAGCGCGACGAGGGGACGAUGAUGAAUCUUCCAUGGGAAAUGAAGCUGCAUAUUGGAGUGCCCCUAGACAACAUCUUAUUCAAACUUCUGAUGUACAGCAUGAAACAGAAGUAUAUGGUACACGUAAUGCUCACAGUCCUCAUACAGAUCAGACGCCACCUCCGACACCACCCGAAGAGGAUAAAGACAAGUUCAAGUGUCUUUACUUACUGGUUGAGGCAGCCGUUGCUGUGCGACAACAGGAAAAAGAACGUGAGGGGGCUGUACCGGUUUAACGAGAGCAGCGUUUCUCGUAGCUUAUAUCGAUGUUUUUUUUUUAACCUUCGAUUCUCCAUUUUGCCGUGGAGGAUACAAAACAAUUUUUUCGCUUUGAUAUCGUCAUCAUAAUAUUGAUAAUUUUUCGUUCUUUUUUCUUUUUUUUUCCUUUUUUUUGCAUCUUUAACCUCAACCUAUGAUAUUUUUCCACUUUUAAAUAUUUUCUCGUAGUUUCAAAAUUCGCGAAUCGGAUAAAAGAAAAUCUGACGAUUUACAUGUUUUUCCUUUCUAAUAUUUUUGUUCUUUCGCCAAUUUUUUUUGCGUAUAUGUACGUAUAUGUGCAAACAGGUACGUACAUGUAUAAAGCAAGGAGAAUAGUAAAGACUUUUGAACUUGAUGAACAACCAGAAGUAUAUAGUAACUAGCCAUUAAACAAUUGUGUAUAUGAUAGUGUUCUUCGAAUAUUGUGAUUGUCUUCUUACGGCACGUGAUUUAUGGGUGCAUUGUUUUAAAAUAACAUAUGUACAACGAAAACUCACAAAAGUACACGUGCGAACGGUACUGUUACUGUUUUUUAGUAUCCGUUGUGUUGUUCGAGGCAGUAACAAUAGUUCUUCCGAUUGGAAGAUCGCUCCGAUUAUACUAAAGCAGUUCUGCCGUUUUGUUGAGAAAGUAAAAUAUCACGCAUAUACACUAUACAUCAAUACUGAAUAUUGUAUCGCGUGAUGAAAUGACACUGAAUAAGAAAGAUACGUCCUUUUUGUUUCGGUGUUUAUAUUUCUGUCUAUUCUAAUACACUAUUGACAGAACAAACGUGAGAUUGAUGGUCAAACAAGUGCCAAAAUAUUAUGUUGCAAAUAAAAGAUUGUGGUACAAGGGGAAGAGUUAGAUCGAAUACCGAUUUACAUUCUCGUUCAAGUUUUUAUUCGUGUAUCGUAAUUCAUCAGAAAAAAUUGUAUAAACUUUAUAACACGCGAAUUUAUCACAGAUGCGUGACUGUUUUCUAGAAUUCAUAGGGAGUAAGGGAGAAGUAAUAGAAAGAGAAGACAAGUAAAAAGAAAAGCUGAUAGUACGUCGCUGAUAUAAUACUGAAAGAACUUUAAUAUUUACGCGUUUCCAUUCUCUCUGACAAAUAAAAGAAAGAAAUAGACUGGUUAAGUAAGAACCUUCUAAGCUCUGCUUUUUAUUGUACUUUAGAUCGUUUCUUAUAUACAUUUACGCUAUAAUAAUUUGCCAAACAUACUAUAGCAGAAACAGGCCAAAGAAUUCGGAAACAUUUUCUUAUGUUUCGUUGUCAUCUUGAUCACUUUACUUCUUUUCUCUGUUUGUUGAUAUUAAUUGAUCGAAUUAAUCGUAUGGCGUUAAUAGUUGUGCAUGGUUCCUGUCCAUAUUUCAAAGUUAUUAUACAGUACUUAGAUUCGUCAGUAUAUCAUUUUGUAAGCACAAGUAGAUAUUCUUCUUUCUUUCUUUUUUUUUAAGUAAUCUCUCUCUCUCUCUCUCUCUCUCUCUCUCUCUCAUUAUUAUUGUUAAAGCAAUAUGCAGUAACCUACAGCAAUUGUGAUUUUUAUGGCGUUUACAUUCGCAUUUAUGUUAGAUAGAUAAGAAGACUGCUCGAAAAGAGAUUUGUACACAUAGUGACGAGUUUGCAUAAAGUUAAUGCAUCUCCCUUUCCUCCCUAAGACAAUCGAACGGUAGUAGGAAAAAGUAAUAAUAUCUAUUAACCGUUCGUUUUUUGCAAAUAUAAAAAAGAAUGUCUUUUAAAUAAAAGAAAAACGAUACACGAAAUACGUGAACAGCGUUUACGGAUCACAGUAAAUGCAUAUAUCGAAUACUAAGCGCAUGUGCCUAUUAAGAAAUAGAUUUAUAGAUGAUAAGUAUAUAUACAUAGAUUUAUAUUACAGCCACAUGAUUCAACGUACGUUAUACAAAAGCACGAAUUUUUAAACGUUCGUUAUUUGGAAAUUAGCGUCAUGGAAUAUAAAUCACGUAUAGAAAAAUCAUUGGUACAAACGCCAAAGACUUAUAAUAUAUAACCGUUAGUUAUAUAUUAUAUCCAAUAAUUAAGUACUUUAAUUAAAUCCAUAUAGAAACCUUUUUGCCGGGUACGUAGCUAGUUAAUGUGUUGAUCGUGUGCUCGAGCGUUUGGCAUAAUUCGUUAAAGAGAUAGAGAAAAGGGGAAACAGGAGAAGGGGGAGAGGAAGAAAAGAGAAGAGAGAUAGGAGGAUAUGAUAAGGAUAGAAGGAAGGAAAGAAAAAAUGUAGAAGAAGAAGAAACAAAUGGAGAAGGAAGUGUUAGGAAAAUGUGCCUAUGAAAUGUGUACUGCGACAUUAAUUGUGGCGCAUAUCGUGAAAGUGUGAAUGUAGACGCGAACGUGGAUCGAUGCAAUGGUAUGACUAACAAAAUAAGUUUGUAUGUAUGUAUGCAUCGAUACGUGAGCUAUAUCCAAAUCGUGUUCAGACAAAACGAACUUCUUUAAUGUACAAAAUAUGAUUCAAAUUUAUUUUUAAAUUGCGAUAAACAGCGGUUGCGAGACCGUUACGUUAAAAACUGUUAAGAAAAUACUUUACGAUAGUUUAAGAAUAGAUCUCUCUCCGACAAAAGAUAGGCUUGCAAAUAUGAUAGUCUUCGAUCGAUAAGACAUUUUUCGAUCACACACUAAAUAACGUGAAUUACAACGACAAGGAUGAUGACGAAGACGAAAACGGCGAAAACGACAAAUAUAAAUAUCGGAAGAUACAAGGAAAUACUGUUCCGAUUCCGAUCGAAUUGUUGCUGUUACCCGUUCCCAUUGUUUUUAAUAUACCCAAAUCGUCUGUUUUACGAGUGGUGUAUGGUAGCAUUACAGUUUACCUCUGUUUCAUGUGCUCCCUUGCCUGCUAGUAAAAGCAAAAGCAGAGUUGAAAUAACGCAUGCAAGCCAAAAUUAUUCUCAUAACGAAAUGUAUCUUCAUAGUUCCUAAUUCAUUCAAAGUUCGCUCUAUCGGAGAGGCAAGGGGUACAGAAGAAGCGAUAAAUGGUGAAUGCUUGUAUGAGAAGCACCAGGCGUUGGUUCGUUACUGAGUCGCAUAAUUAUAAAAGCAAUAAGCGUGCCUUGUUCGAAUGUUCUAAAUGCAUACUGAUAAUGAUAUCUAACGGAAAGUAGUGUCGAAACGUUCGCCGAAUUCGUCGAAUUUAUUUCUAAUGUAUUUACGAUUUUGGAAACGUUAGAUAAGGUAAAUGAAAUAAAAGCAUACAGAGUUCGCGUU